AGUCUGCCCUUUUCGUCUUCUGCACCGAGCUCUGUGCUGGGCUGACAGAUUCACAGUCAUAAUCAUCUGCGAGAAGAAGCAGAACUAUCUGUGCGCUCCAGUCUUUCAGUUUCCCACCCCAGACUCGGGAGAGCCCGCGCCCGCUGUGUUCGGUGCUCACGGCCAUAUGCUGCAGGACUGCCCCAAGGCCCGGCGCGAGGUGGAGCUGCACUGGCGGGCCUCCCAGUGCCCACACAUCGUGCGCAUCGUGGACGUCUAUGAGAACCUGUACGCGGGGAGGAAGUGCCUGCUCAUCGUCAUGGAGUGCUUGGAUGGUGGAGAACUCUUCAGCCGAAUCCAGGACCGAGGAGACCAGGCGUUCACAGAAAGAGAAGCUUCAGAAAUCAUGAAGAGCAUCGGUGAGGCCAUUCAGUAUUUGCACUCAAUCAACAUUGCUCAUCGGGAUGUCAAGCCCGAGAACCUCUUAUACACCUCCAAAAGGCCCAACGCCAUCCUGAAACUCACCGAUUUUGGCUUUGCCAAGGAAACCACCAGCCACAACUCGUUGACCACUCCUUGUUAUACGCCUUAUUAUGUGGCUCCAGAAGUGCUGGGCCCAGAGAAGUACGACAAGUCCUGUGAUAUGUGGUCCUUGGGUGUCAUCAUGUACAUCCUGCUGUGUGGGUACCCACCGUUCUAUUCCAACCAUGGCCUUGCCAUCUCUCCGGGCAUGAAGACGCGCAUCCGAAUGGGCCAGUAUGAGUUUCCCAACCCAGAGUGGUCAGAAGUAUCAGAGGAAGUGAAGAUGCUCAUCCGGAACCUGCUGAAAACAGAGCCCACUCAGAGAAUGACCAUCACGGAGUUCAUGAACCACCCCUGGAUCAUGCAAUCAACAAAGGUCCCUCAAACCCCACUGCACACCAGCCGGGUCCUGAAGGAGGACAAGGAGCGGUGGGAGGAUGUCAAGGAGGAGAUGACCAGUGCCUUGGCCACAAUGCGUGUUGACUACGAGCAGAUCAAGAUAAAAAAGAUAGAAGAUGCCUCCAACCCUCUGCUUCUGAAGAGGCGGAAGAAGGCUCGGGCCCUGGAGGCUGCGGCCCUCGCUCACUGACCGCUCAGCCCGUCCUUCUCUGCUGGAGGACAAGCAAUAACUCUCGACCUGAAUCUGUUUUUUAAAUGAAGACACAGGCUGCCCACUGCUGCCUCCCUCCUCCUCGGCUCGCGGAGCAGGGGCCUCGUGAGAGGCUGACUCCUGCCUUUGGCUCUGGCCGCCUGGAGGGAGGGCCGGGGUCUGGAGGGCAUGCAGAGGAGGGAGCAGAUGCUCUUGAACCUGUGCUCAGUCUGCAGUUUUAUCAUGAUUUGACUUAGGAUUUUUAUGAAACUUCUUUUAUUGUCCUUUCCUCAUCCCCCCUCCCCCAAACCCCUUCCUCUUGUUAAAGGGUAUUUGUCGAAA